AUGGGCAAAUACGAUUUCGCCGGAAAAGUCGUUUUAAUUACCGGAUCAAGUUCAGGCAUUGGCGCCGAGUGCGCCCGGCAAUUCGCCCGUUGCGGCGCUCAGGUGGUAAUCACCGGCUACGAGGCGGCCGAUGUGGUCUCGAUGGUGGCGGAAAUAGAGCAGAUAACCGGUACAAAACCGUACCACAAAACGGGCAACCUGACUGAGAGUGGCUUUGCAGAGGCGCUCAUCGAUGGGACAGUGAAACAUUACGGCCGCCUUGACGUGCUGGUGAACAACGCCGGCUCCAUACGGGCGAAUGACGCCCUGAGCAGCCCCGACUUUAUGGCCACCUUUGAAUGGAUCAUCGAGCUAAACCUGAAGAGCACCGUCCGCAUGAUGCACCUGGCCAUUGACCAUCUGGCGCAAACGAAAGGCGUCAUUGUGAACACCUCUUCAAUUAGCGCCGUGACGCCCAACCAGGGCGUCAGCUACUGCAGCUCAAAAGCGGCCAUCAACAUGGCCACGCAGUGUGCCGCCAAGGAGUUUGGCCCUCGUGGCGUGAGGGUGAAUGCAGUCAAUCCCGGACCGAUCAAAACCAACAUUGGCCGGUACAUCAACAAGCCGCAGUUGAUGUUUGGCAGUGAUGAUCUGUGCUUUGAAACAAAGCUGACAGUGCAGAAACGAAAUGGUGAUCCAGCAGAUGUAGCCAAUUUGGUGCUCUUUUUGGCUUCCUCUGAAGCGAGUUACAUUACGGGUGCCUAUCACCUCAUUGAUGGCGGUUUCAUGUGCCACUAA